UUGAUCAUUGCAGGUCAAAAAAUGAAGGCAAACAAAAGCACCGUUGCGCUCAGCAAAGACGAUACACCGAUACCAAGAUUCAGAGUCAUCUGUAGUGACAAACACAGGUGACGAUGAUGAGAACGUAUCAUCGGGAUUGUUCUCAUCUUCGGUGAAAUGGUUCUUGUUUGGAGGAAGCAGAGGAACUUUUGCUGGUUGUUGAAUUGUCGUUUUCGCUUGAGAUCCACGUUUAUUCUCGUGUUGCCGUCGUCAGCGACCACUGCGAUAGAGACGGAGACGGGAUCGUAUCUGCGCUUUCUUCGGCGUGGUUUAUGAUUAUGAUCCUUUGUUUUAUUGUAUUCUCGUUGGGAUCUCAGUCGCAGAUCCUCCACCGCCACGCGAGCCGCCGUUGCCGUAGUGAUCGCCGCCGUAGUUUUCUUAAUGGACCCGACUUCUCGACCCGCUGUCGUCAUCGACAACGGAACCGGGUAUACUAAGAUAGGGUUUGCUGGUAAUGUAGAACCCUGCUUUAUUCUUCCAACAGUAGUUGCUGUUAAUGAGUCGUUCUUGAAUCAAUCCAAGAGUUCCUCAAAGUCAAAUUGGUUAGCUCAGCAUAGCGCUGGGGUGAUGGCAGAUCUAGAUUUCUUUAUUGGAGAUGAAGCCCUUACAAGAUCAAGGUCUAGUAGCACCUAUAAUCUUCAUUAUCCAAUUGAGCAUGGCCAAGUAGAGGACUGGGAUGCAAUGGAAAGGUAUUGGCAGCAGUGUAUAUUCAACUAUCUGAGAUGCGAUCCAGAGGAUCAUUACUUUCUUCUGACUGAAAGUCCUCUUACCCCUCCCGAAAGUCGAGAGUAUACUGGAGAAAUUAUGUUCGAAACGUUCAAUGUUCCUGGACUAUACAUUGCUGUUAAUUCAGUGCCCGCACUUGCAGCUGGGUAUACAACAUCCAAGUGUGAGAUGACAGGGGUCGUAGUAGAUGUUGGAGAUGGGGCCACUCAUAUUGUACCUGUUGCAGAGGGGUAUGUUAUUGGGAGUUGCAUCAAGUCGGUUCCAAUUGCUGGGAAAGAUGUUUCCCUCUUUAUCCAGCAACUUAUGCGGGAAAGGGGAGAGAACAUACCACCAGAAGAUUCAUUCGAUGUAGCCCGUAAAGUUAAAGAAAUGUACUGUUACACUUGUUCAGAUAUCGUAAAGGAGUUUAAUAAGCAUGACAAAGAGCCAGCCAAGUACAUUAAGCAAUGGAGAGGUGUUAAACCAAAGACAGGUGCACCAUAUUCUUGUGAUGUAGGCUAUGAACGAUUUCUUGGACCAGAGAUAUUCUUUAAUCCGGAGAUCUACAGCAAUGACUUCACAACUCCCUUACCAGCUGUCAUAGACAAGUGUAUUCAGUCUGCACCAAUUGACACAAGAAGAGCUUUAUAUAAGAAUAUAGUUUUGUCCGGAGGUUCAACCAUGUUCAAGGAUUUCGGAAGAAGGUUGCAGAGAGAUCUUAAGAAGAUUGUUGAUGCCCGUAUCCUUGCGAAUAAUGCUCGUGUUGGUGAUGAAAUUAAAGCUCAACCAUUGGAGGUUAACAUCGUCAGCCAUCCUGUCCAGAGAUUCGCAGUCUGGUUUGGAGGUUCAGUUCUUGCAUCAACUCCCGAAUUCUUUGCUAGCUGCCAUACGAAACAAGAGUACGAGGAAUAUGGAGCAAGCAUAUGCCGGACGAACCCUGUGUUCAAGGGGAUGUACUGAAAGAUCGAAGCUGCUUCAUACUUCCAUCAAAAUAAGCUCCAUCGGAGUUGCUCGUGGCCCAGGCUAUCUGUUUUGAAGCCAUUGACGAAAUUCAUCCAUCCCUUUUUUUCAGUUGGGAAUUAGGGUUAAGGAGCAAUUUGGUUCAGAAGGAGACAUGCACAUGCACAUGCACAUUGUAAGGUUGAUUAUUUGGUUAGAUUCUUGAUAAUAGAAGUCGGGUUUUUGUGUGAAUCCCAAAGAAUCUUCGGUUGUGGAAUCCAUAGAAUUUUCUGGAUGAUUUUUAGGGUUUUUCAUAUCAUAUGGAGCCUGACCAAAAAGGCUUCUUCUUGACUUGAGGUCAAAGUAACAAAUGGUUGAACAUUGUGUUUAUGCGUA